AUGGGUGGCAUCGAGCCCGUCAUUCACGUGCAUGCCCGUGAUUCUUUGGGCAACUCGGUAGGCAUCGUUGUGGUGCCGAUCGGUGAACUGGUCGCGCUGGAGGUAUGGGACGUCUGGUAUGCCAUGGACGAUGGCAGCGACGAGAUGGAUGAGAAGCCUGCAGAGGAGACGCCAAAGAUGCAUCUACUGCUGCAGAGCGUACCUGCGGAGGCAGCAAGUCAAGAGACCAAGCAAAGCCGAGACAUGCGGGCACAGGAUUUUCUCCUCAGAGCUCUCCAGCAGCUGAAUGCGGCUCUGGAAGCCAAGGUUCAGGAGCAAGCCCCAGGCAAUUUGACUUCAGGCCACUCCACAAGCGCCCCCAGCGCAGGAGGCGCUUCCCGGCCCUCGACAGCGCCUCGGCGCUCCGGCGCCGGGCGCUCCGGCGGAGAGCGCUCCGGCGGAGAGCGCUCCGGCGGAGAGCGCUCCGGCGGAGAGCUGCGGCCCCUGCGGGCGACCGGAUCGCUCGGCCCGCGGAGGCCGCCAGGUGCCGGAAAUCAGACGCCGCAACAGGCACGGGCACAGGACGCCGUCUCUGUACCAGAGCCAAGCAACGGCACGAGUGCGGAGGAAAAAGAGGAGAGGCAGCGCGCCCAGGAGGAGGCUUUCAAACUGCGGCUCGAGCCCUACGAGCGGGCUAUCGCGGCCAUGGAGCAGAAACAGAGGCUCUAUGAUGACCAGGAGGCCCGCAUCCAGGCUCUGUCGAAAGCGCUGGAGGAGCAGCAAGGGCGUUCUGGGCACCUCGUGGCACAGCUCCGUGAGGAGGCUGAUCGUGCCAAGGCAGAGGCCGAGCAGGAGCGGGAGUCGCUGCGUGAGGUCACCGCAUCGAGGACCUCCGCGCAGCAGCGAGCUGCAGAAUUGGAGCAGGAGGUCGCACUGCGUCGGUCUCACGAGGAGUCGCUGCAACAUCGUCUGUCAUUGUUAGAGACACAGACCUCUGCGGCAAGCCAAAAGAGCUUAGCGGCGCAGGCCGUCGAAGAGGAGGCACAAAAAGCCCUGACGGACGUGGAGGCCCUGCGGAAGCAGAGGCAAAGGCUGCAGGAACAGCUGCAGGAGCUUGGCCGGGAGCUUUCUGAGACGCGAGAAGAGAAUUGGCAGCUGAAGGAGGACCGCGGCCAUGAAGUCGAGAAGGCGCGGUCUAUCUGCGAACGCGAAAUCCUCGCCAAGGAGAGCAUGCAGCUUGAAGUGCUUCAGCUGCAAGACCAGCUGCGCGACAAGGAGGCGGAGGCGCGCUUGGCGCUGGAGCGCGCCGAGGGUUCCCAGCGCCGUGUGGAGACACUGGAAGCGGAGGUGACUUCGCUUCAAUCUCUUCUGGCGCGGGAAAGGCAGCACAGAGCAGAGCUCGACCAGAAGCUCAACGAGACGGAGAUGCAGAAACUCCACUCUACGCUCGAUGAGCAUCGUGUCCUGGUCCGGGGUCUCAGGCUCGACCUGGAUAAGGCUCGACGCGAGCUCAGCGAUGAGCGAGGCCGGAUCUGCGCGAGAGAGAGAGAGAGAGUCAGAGCAAUCUAG